GCACCAGGAUCACGGUCAGAAACCCCGAAGCCUGGGCUUCAGGAGGGCGAUAGAUUCCCUGGAAGAGGGGGGAGGGGAAGGAGGGGGGUGUCAAAUAAAAGCGUUCAGCUCAAGGACAGAUUCAGGACUCCUUGCAAAGCAGCCUCGGAGAUAUUUCAAAGGUACCUUACUGAAAGCAGACAUGGAAAAUUCAUCAGUAGCCUCUGCUUCCUCAGAAGCUGGAAGCAACCGUUCUCAAGAGAUAGAAGAACUGGAAAGAUUCAUUGAUAGUUAUGUCCUAGAAUACCAGGUUCAGGGGUUGCUUACAGACAAACCAGAAAAUGACGUGGAGACUGAAAAGACACUACCAAACCUGCAGUGGAAUGAAGAUUUCACAGACACGCUAGAUGUAAACUGGUCAUCCCCAAAAGAAAAGAACUCCUGCAAACAAAUUAAUCAGAUCUGUAACCAGGAGACAUCUUACGAUAUUCUGGGGACAGAUAUCUGGGCAGUUAACUCCUUUGAAAAUAUCAGUGGAGCAACAUGGGAUCUGCAACCCGAGAAAUUAGAUUUCACCACCUCGUUUCAUCGAAAGCAUUUACAAAACGCUUCAAAGUACCUCCCUCACAUUGAGCGAGAAGGAAUGGUGAAAGGGAAGUUUGAAGAGGACAGGAACAUUACUUUGAAUGAUCUGGACAAAGUGCUGCCUGUGAGGACGAUGCUGCCUGACCUGGUCUAUCAGCCAUUAUCUAAUGAAGCUGAAGUUGCACAGACCAAAAAAUUAUUCCGGAGGCGAAGAAAUGACCGUAGGAGACAACAGAGGACUCCAGGAGGAAACAAAGCUCCGCAGCAGCAGCAACAUGGGGAGCACCAGCCCAGCAACCCAAAGCACAACCGGGAUCACUCACGACAAUACCAGCCUCCGGCGCAACAUGCAGCAGGAAAGCAGGGUCCGCAGAACCAUGGCUACAGCCAGCAGCGCCGAUGGCAGCAUAACCAGAAAUAUUCUUCCAACGACAAAGAGUCGAACAGGAAUGCUAAAGACAGCAAUAACGUCCAAGGCGAUGAUCCCUCAAAAAGUUCUGGCCAAACAACAGAGGAGCUCCAGAGGCCUGCUGAUCCAUCCGGCAGUCCAACGCCACAGAACCUCCAGAACUCUGAGACAAAACGGAAGGACAGCAUUUCAGAACGGCAGGUGGAUCAACCUAAAGUUAAUUUAUUGGAAUCUUCCAAAGAUAGGCUGAAAAGACGGCUCAAGGAGAAGGACAACCCCCUCAUCCCAGGACUCAGUCUAGUGAACAAUUGCACUCCUUCUAAGGAUGACAUUUCCUUGAGCGUGACUAAUCCUCAGAAAACCAAAAUGGACAAAUUGAUAGAAAUCCUGAACAGCAUGAGGAACAACUGUAGCAAUGUGGACUCCAACCUCUCAAUAUUCAUGCAAGAGGCACAAAACUCAACCAACUCUGAGGAGAUGCUGAACGAGAUAGUUAAAACCAUUUACCACAAGGCCGUAACGGACAGGAGUUUUGCCUCAACAGCAGCCAGAUUGUGUGAUAAAAUGUCUCUCUUCAUGGUGGAAGGAACUAAAUUCCGAAGCUUGCUUCUCAAUAUGUUGCAGAAAGAUUUUACGGUGAGAAACGAGCUACAGCAAACUGAUGUAGAGCACUGGCUUGGAUUCAUCACCUUUCUCUGCGAAGUAUUUGGCAUUAUGCGAAGCAACACAGGAGAGCCCUUCCGUGUGCUUGUUUGUCCUAUCUACACAUGUCUCCGGGAGCUGUUGCAAUCGCAUGACGUCAAGGAAGAUGCUGUUCUAUGCUGCUCAAUGGAGCUGCAGAGCACGGGCAAGCUACUGGAGGAGCAGCUGCCAGAGAUGAUGACAGAGUUGCUGGCAGCAGCACGCGACAAGAUGCUGGGCCCCUCAGAAUCAGCACUGACAAGGUCCCUCCUCCUCGAAGUAAUUGAGCUGCACGCCAACAACUGGAACCCACUAACUCCCACCAUCACGCAGUACUACAACAAAACCAUCCAGAAACUCACUGCUUAAAAAGCCUGGAAAAAAAAAGCAGGGGGGAAAAUAAAAGAGAAACCAGGAAGGUGGAAGAACAAAAUAUAGGAAGGUGCUGUCUUUUUUUAAAUAA